CAUUACUAAUGUCGGUGACAAACUUUCGAACAACAACGAGAAAGAAGAUUAAAAGGAACCACUUUCUAGUUGGCAACAUGAUAGUCUACGCCUUGACUCGUCCUAGUUUGAACUCCAUAGUUGUCUACGCUUUUAACCAGGGUGAUUAACUUAAAAAAAUGAACAACAACUAAGAAUCUGCAUACCGAGGCAUGGACGUAGAAACAAACAAUAAAUUUCAUAUCUAUUUAGAAAUACUACUAUCCAGAUCCAACAUACUUUCUAGAGGAACAAAAGAGGUGUGACACCAUUCCUACAUUCUACAGACUUGCUAUCAAAUCUCCAUAUAACAUCCAAGGAUCAUACUAACCACUAACCACGAAUAUACGUUGCAACACCUCUGUUACUUUUAUCAAACUUUGCUUAAUUUCCAGAACUUUUAGGACUUCUUCCUGACUUCCAACUCUGGCAAAGCUCCUCUAUAAUUAUAUAUGGCACUCUUUGGUUCAUUUUUUUAUAUAUUCUAAUCACUUAUUAAUUCAUAAAACAAUAUAGAAGAUCCUUGGAAGAUAUCAGGCAAACAUAUGUAUAAACUGCACAUGAAAUAAAGGCCAUAAGUUCUCAACAAUGUCAAUUAGAAAUAUCACAUGAGAAACUGGAAAAAAAAAGAAGUAAAUCAUAUCACUAAUUCUAUAGAAUAACCAAUGGAAUAAAAAUAAAAAGACAACAAACUGAAUCAUUGUAAUAUCGAAAACCCAUUUAUAGUGAAUGUUGCUCAAGUCAAAUAACCUCUUGUAAAGCUCUUUCUUCGACACUGCAUCCACCACUCUCAUUAGAUAGUCUGCAGUUCUACCAAGACUCUCUGUUACCUCACCUGCAUUUUCAUCUCUGCGCCAACUGUAGCCCUAGAAUGGAUCAAAAGAAGACUCAGGUUAACAUAGUAACAUAUCAUUAGAUAGCUGCAAAAAAUUUACUUUUCUAGUAGCAUACCAACUCCAAAAGAAGACUCAGGUUGACAAACAAAAUAUGAGGAAAAGGAUUACUAAUUUUUAAAUAUCAAUAUCAGCAGCCAACUCCAGCUAUUUAAAGCCAUAACUAUAAUCAUAUCGAGUUCCAAAGAAGCAUCAGCAAUAUACGUUCCAAUCACAUCCAGACAACUCGACCCCAAUCAAAGGAUCUAGAAAGAGCAACUGAAACACAACCACAAAUUUUUCACAAGAGCAGCAAAACAAUGAGACAUUAAAAAAGAUAAAAUUUUGGGAACCAAUUGCAAAGGAGAGGGAGGUGACUCAACUGAGAUGUAUAAAUUGUGGUUACCCCUCUCUUAUGGUUUCCCUCCGCCAUUGUUUAACCAUCUACUAGCAUUGUUAAUCCAUCUACAAUGGUCCAUGGCCACUGAACUCUAUAUAAGGGACACAUGCUCACAGAUAUAAUUUUGAUCGCUCACCGGAAUUGGCAGAUAGAGCUCUCCCCCGGCUCGCCUGUGGGUGAUGGAGCUUCCUCAAAUCCGUCACUCAACCCUCGAUCAGGAGGGUACAACAAAGGACCUGGAAGUUGAUGGGAAAAGAGGCAAAAAUCACUAAACAAAAAGAAUCUUCGAAGUUAACUGAUAAAAAACACAGGAAUUCACACCUGCCAGAGAUUAGUGAGCUACAAUGAUGCCUUGCUAUGUGGAUCUUCCCCACACCCUCUCUGAUUCAUUUUUCCAAAUCUUGUCUUCGGCUUCUCGUCAUUGGCGGGUUCUGGGAGAUUCCCUAGUCGCUCGCAACCACAAUCUGGAUCUUCCUCGUACCCUCCCUGAUUCUUUGUUCCAAAUCUUGUCUCUCCGGAGAUGGAUUUUGUCAAUGGUGGGUUCUGGGUGAUUCUCUUGUCGCUCGCAACAACCACGAAACUGAGAUGAGAAAGAGAGGAGAUUUUCACCCUAACCGGCGGGUUAUCGACGAUUUGACUCUACAUUGCGCUAUCUCCGGAUCUCCUCUUCGUCGGAGAGGGACUCCCAUAACCGGCGGGUUAUUGAUGAUUCCCUGAUCGCUCGCAACGACUUCGGGUCCGAGAUGAGAGAGAGAGAGAGACAGAGAGAGAGAGAGAGAGAGAGAGAGGAGAAGGAAGAGAUGAGAUGAUAUGUUGUUGUUGAGAGAACUGAGAGAGAGGUAUCGCCAGCAUCUCUGCAACACACAAAGAGAGUGAAAUGAGAUACCGAUGAUCAAAGAAGGGAUGGGAGAGAAGGAAAGAGAGAGAGAGAAUCGUCUUCAACUCAAUAUACCUCAAAUCCCUCCCUUGAUCGCCAGAAUAGUCUUCUCCAAGACUGCUUCAGGUUUUUUUUUUUUUUUUGUUUCCUCUCUGUUCCUGGUGUUCUCAGUACGGAUUUGAAGGUGAGAAGGGCGAAAAAGUUAGUCUCCUAACAGGCCAUUUUGUUAGGAGAUACUGAUAGGGUCUGAUUUUGGGCCACGUGUGCUUGGGCUUCAUCCAACGGAGGAGAGUGGUGGCUCACUUAAAUGAGCUGGAGAUGGGCUUCCGUGUAGAAGCAGGCCCAGCGUGCGGCGCAGAAGGCGAGCCGAGUUCGUGGCGUGGUGGGCCCGUCCUCAGUUUGGGCGGGAUUUUGGGUUGGAGUGGAAAGCGUGGUGGGCCCGGCUUCAGUUUGGGCGGGAUUUUGGGUUGGAGUGGAAAGAGAAUGAAAUUUUUGGGCCCUAUGUGAUAUAUAUGUAUGUUUGUUUGGAUAUUUAUUUGUUUUCAGUGGAUGUUAUUAUGUGUUGUGUUGAUAUUACUUUGAAUCAUUGUGUUGGAUAUUUAUUUGUUUUCAGUAGCCAUCAUUAAAUUAAUAUUUACCAAACCCCAAAAUAACCCAACCACCCGAAACUGAUUACACCAAUUUAGAGUUUAAGUUUUAGGGUUUAUGGUUUGGUUUUCAAUUUGUGAAGGAUUGGAAUAUUGUUUCUUACAUCAAAUUAAACACACUAGGAAAUUAAACACACUAGGAAGUCCUAACACGUAAGGCUUGCAACCUUAGUUAGGGCUGCCCGCCGAGGGCCCAUGGGCCGAAGGCCCAUUAAAUAAUAAUAGUUUAUGGUUUAUGGUUUGUGUUAUGGUUUAGGGUUAAGGGUUUAGGGUCUAGCUUAGGUUUGAAUUGAUAUUAGUUCAUGUUUUCGAAAUUUUCUUGGACUUUUCGAUAUUCUAAUAGGCCUUUUUUGGAAAAGUGAUUAGGGUGUUAGUGUUAGGGUUUAGGAAUGUUUUUUAGGGUUAAAGGUUUAAUUAUUAAUUGUAAUGGAGAACGGAUAUUAGUGCGACAGUCGGAUAUUAGAUAAAAAGAGUCUUUUUUUUAUACCCAAUGAAAAGAGUCGUUUGAUAGAUAAAUCGCGAUAAAACUAGUUGUUUCAUUCGCGAUAAAGGGAGAGAUUUGGCAAUUGGGGAAGAACGUUAAAAGGGGUAGGGUUUAGGGUUUUGUUUUUUGGUUUUUUAAUUAGUGGGCCCGGCGGACACCGCAAGCCCGAGUGGGCUGAACGGAUAUUAGUUCGCGACGUUCGGAUAUUUGGGCUGGCUGGUUUGGAUAGUUUUUUAUUGAGACUGGAUAUUAGUCUGUCUUUUUUUGAUAUUUGUCUGUGUCGUUUGGAUAUUUGUCUGUGUUGUUUGGAUAUUUGUGGAGAUACUGACACGGCCCAGUGGAGUUUUGUGGGUUUUUUAGCCCAGCUGAGAUGAAAGAUGGAGCUGAUGGUGGCGGUUUGGUAGGGUUUAGGUGGCAAGGGGGGAGAAAUGGAAAGAAGGGGCCCAAGUGGGUCAUUUAUUUGGGGAAACAAAAAUCAAAAAUAGGAAAUUCAUACAAAGUGGAGGAAUUUAAUGCUCCCAACUACCCUACCCACCCAAACCCGAAAAUUGCCUCUCUCUCUUCCAUUUUUCUCUGUUUUUCUUCUCUUCCAAAGGAAGAGAGCCGCCGCCCAACUGUUUUUUCCGGCGACCAUCUUAUUUUCCGGCGACCAUCUUUCCGCUGACCUUCUACGAUGCUGAUCGACGACAAUGGGGAGUUGGAUGAUCAAGGAUCUUCUCCAAUGAAGGGUAAAUCGAUCGCACAAAAUAGUGAAGAAGAAGAACUCUAUCCUACAUCAUAUGAGUUUGUUGAUGAAGAUUCAAGUGGUGCUCCUGCCCUCAACGAAGAAGAAGAAGAAGAUAAAGGUUGAUUGAGUUCUUUAUAUGUUUGUGUUGUUGUGAUGCAGGUUGGUUGCAUUGAAUAUUUGAUGUUGAGAUUGUUGUGAGAAUAGCAUUGAAUGAUGUUGAUGGGGUUAUGGGUGUUUGAUGUUGAAAUUGUUGUGAGAAUGACAUAUCUGUCGGGAUCUUUCGGAUAUUUGUCUGUUUCUUUGAAGAUAUGUGUUUAACUAAGCAUGGUAUUUGUCUGGGCUUCUAGGAUAUUUGUAUAUUUGCUUGCCGAUAUUUGUUUAAUGAAACAUGAUAUUUGUCUGGGCUGUAUGGAUAUUUGUAUAUCUGCUUUCCGAUAUUUGUUUAACGAAACAUGAUAUUUGUCUGGACUGUAACGAAACAUGAUAUUUGGUGUGUGAACCACUAUUUAAUGCAUUGUUUGAUACUUGUCUGGUAGUUAUAGAUAUUAUUUAUUUGAAUUCUGGAUAUUUGUUGAAGCCUAUGUAUUCUAACAGUUUGCGGUCAAGAAUGGAUAAUAACAUGCCUCAUACCAUUAACUCGCAGCUCAUACGACGUUGGAUCUAGAAGACGAGGAAGCGAGGAAGAACAUCUUUUAUCUCACUAAGGAUGAGUGUUUUGAUUUCUAUAAGCGCUACGCUCACAAAAAAGGGUUUGGUGUUCGAAUAGAUGGGAACACAUAAGAAAGAUCAAGAAUUCUAAAGGAGUGGUGGAGAAAAAUUAUGCAUACCUUUAUUACUUUUGUAAUAAGGAAGGCUGGACUUCCACAAGCAAAGUCAAUAUGGAUAAUCAGAUACAGUCGGAAGACAAGGUUGAGGAGAGAAUGGUUUGCAAAAGAAAGAGGCCUCGAGUUAGGGAUGGAUGUCCAGCCCGUGUUCGUUUUGGAUGGAAUGCUGCUAGGGAGGGAUUUGUGGUGUAUGAAUUCGUAGAAGCCCACAGUCAUGUUUUACACUCUACCGAGCAUAUGCACUUGCACAAGUCGAACAAGCGCAUGAGUGAUGCUCAGAAAAAGAUGGCUCAAGCUAAUCGCGAUGCCGGGAUGAGUCUUAGUGCAUCGUAUCAGUUAUUGGCUGAUUGUGCUGGUGGGUAUCAAAAUCUGAGAUUUACCAAAUCCGAUCAGAAGAAUCACUUGAACACUAAAAGGCAAAGGACAAUGGCUCGUGGUGAAGCGACUUAUUUGCUGGACUACUUUGAGGACCAAAAGGACAAGCAUCCUGGAUUCUUUUAUGCUGUAGAGGUGGAUUCCGAAGAGAAAGUUGCUAAUAUAUUUUGGGCGGAUAGUAGGAUGCGUGAAGAUUAUGCGCUUUUUGGAGAUUCGGUCUCCUUUGAUACCACCUUCCGAACCAAUAAAUACUUCCGUCCACUGGGGAUGUUUGUAGGUUUCAAUCACCACCGCCAAACUUGUGUGUUUGGUGCUUGUUUGAUGUAUGACGAGACUACUCCGUCGUUUGAAUGGUUGUUUGUUGCAUUUAGUCGAUGCAUGAAGAAUAAGCUUCCAAUCACUAUAUUUACUGAUCAGGAUGCAGCCAUGGCAGCUGCCCUUAGAAAUGAGUGGCCUACUGCGUUUCAUGCCCUCUGUACUUGGCACAUCCUCAUGAAUGCCAAGAAGCAUCUUCGCAAGGACAAGGCAUUUUGGAAGAAGUUCCAACAUCAUAUUUCAUUUAUUUUCUAUGACGUCGACAGCGAGGAAGAGUUCAACAUGGCAUGGAGCACCAUGGUUUCUGAUUGUUUCCCAAAUAGCGACAUUGCGGAUGGCCAUCAAUGGUUGGAACGUUUGAAGAAAUUUCGUCAUCGAUGGUGUUCUUUAUGGUUGAGAGAUCAAUUCACAGCCGGGAUGUUGACUACGCAAGCUAGUGAGUCGUGCAAUGCACAAGUGCGACUUUUCUUGAAGCCGAGGCAUGAUUUGGACUUGUUUUUCAUUCACUUUAGCAGUUUGUUGGCUGACAAAAGACGCAAGGAGACAGAGUCAGACUACAAUGCAAAACAAUCGAUUCCUUAUAUAAUGUUGGAGAAUAGCCCGAUCCUCCAACAUGCGGCAAAAAUCUUUACUCCUAAAAUUUUCGAAAAGAUACAGAAGCAGUAUUUGGUGGCUGAAUCCUAUAUAAUAAAGAAGCUCUCAGAUAAUAGGGAUGAUGGCAUGAUUGGCUACCUCAUAUAUAUGAUGGAGGAUGGUGAGCGUAGUGAUGAGCGUGUCGUCCUCGUAGAUAUUUCUACGACGACCUUGGUAUGCGAAUGCAGAAUGUUCAGAACUUUAGGAGUGUUAUGCCGCCACAUGAUUAAGGUGAUGCGGCUUCUUGGAGAUUUUGGGGAAGCAAGUAUGAGAAGUAUUCCGGAUCAUUACAUACUCAAGCGAUGGACGUUGGAGGCGAGAGAGAGAGAAGUUGUUGAUGUCGAUGGUUCUGUUGGUCCUUCAGCUCCCAGUGAGAAUGAUGCGGGAAAAGGUAUAGCAAUGCGGUACCGGGAAACCACUGCAAUGUUGAAUCAGCUAGCAAUGAAUAUGUCGAUGGCCGAUGAGAAGGACUACAAUAAGUGGAUGGGAGUACUCAAGAAAGUGUGCAAUGAGGCAAACAAGGCAUUGUCAAAGACUAUAACUAGCGAGGACAGACGAUCUGUACCGAUAACUGGGCUGACUUUGAAGGAGAAGAGUAAUCCAAGGAGGCACGGUAAGGAACGUUACAAGUCUACGAAUGAAAAGGAACGUCGUCGAAAGAAACGUGAAUAUAGGAAGAGAAUGAAAUCCAUUGAAGUGGUCACGGCGGACGACACUGCUCACUCGGAUGGUCAUCUUAGUGAUUUGGAUGAUAAUAUUGCUCAAUGGUUAUGAAUAGAAUGUAGGGUGGUUUGAGAGUGGUCUACUGUGAUAUAAAAUUGACAUGUGAUUCCAGGAUACGUUUUUGUUUUGCAGUGGAUAUUAAUACACUUUCUUAGGAUAC